GAGUUGCUGCCUUGGCCAGAGUCUGGAGCAGCCGCCGCCCGAGCGCGCAGAUCUCGGUUCGCAGCCCGCGCCGGCUCCCAUCCCGGCCCGACCCCUACCCAGCCCGGCCAGGCUCCAAACGCAGCCACCAUGGAGGUGAUGAACCUGAUCGAACAGCCCAUCAAGGUGACUGAGUGGCAGCAGACAUAUACCUAUGACUCUGGCAUCCACUCGGGGGCCAACACCUGUGUGCCCUCGGUCAGCAGCAAGGGCCUCAUGGAGGAGGACGAGGCCUGCGGGCGCCAGUACACACUCAAGAAGACCACCACCUACACCCAGUCGGUGCCCCCGGGCCAAGGUGACCUGGAGUACCAGAUGUCCACGACCGCCAGAGCCAAGCGGGUGCGGGAGGCCAUGUGUCCCGGUGUGACAGGAGAGGACAGCUCACUGCUGCUGGCCACCCAGGUGGAGGGGCAGACCACCAACCUGCAGCGGCUGGCCGAGCCAUCCCAACUCCUCAAGUCGGCCAUCGUGCAUCUCAUCAACUACCAGGACGACGCUGAGCUGGCCACCCGGGCCCUGCCUGAGCUCACCAAGCUGCUCAAUGAUGAGGACCCGGUGGUGGUGACCAAGGCAGCCAUGAUCGUGAACCAGCUGUCGAAGAAGGAGGCGUCUCGGCGGGCGCUGAUGGGCUCGCCCCAGCUGGUGGCGGCCGUCGUGCGCACCAUGCAGAACACCAGCGACCUGGACACCGCCCGCUGCACCACCAGCAUCCUGCACAACCUCUCCCACCACCGUGAGGGGCUGCUUGCCAUCUUCAAGUCGGGCGGCAUCCCUGCCCUGGUCCGCAUGCUCAGCUCCCCUGUGGAGUCGGUCUUGUUCUAUGCCAUCACCACGCUGCACAACCUGCUGCUCUACCAGGAGGGUGCCAAGAUGGCAGUGCGCCUGGCAGACGGGCUGCAGAAGAUGGUGCCCCUGCUCAACAAGAACAACCCCAAGUUCCUGGCCAUCACCACCGACUGCCUGCAGCUCCUGGCCUAUGGCAACCAGGAGAGCAAGCUCAUCAUCCUGGCCAAUGGAGGACCCCAGGCCCUCGUCCAGAUCAUGCGUAACUACAGUUAUGAGAAGCUGCUCUGGACCACCAGCCGCGUGCUCAAAGUGCUGUCCGUGUGUCCCAGCAACAAGCCUGCCAUUGUGGAGGCUGGUGGGAUGCAGGCCCUGGGCAAGCACCUGACGAGCAACAGCCCCCGCCUCGUGCAGAACUGCCUGUGGACCCUGCGGAACCUCUCAGAUGUGGCCACCAAGCAGGAGGGCCUGGAGAGCGUGCUGAAGAUUCUGGUGAACCAGCUGAGCGUGGACGAUGUCAACGUCCUCACCUGUGCCACGGGCACUCUGUCCAACCUGACGUGCAACAACAGCAAGAACAAGACGCUGGUGACUCAGAACAGUGGUGUGGAGGCGCUCAUCCACGCCAUCCUGCGUGCGGGCGACAAGGACGACAUCGCGGAGCCCGCCGUGUGCGCCCUGCGCCACCUCACCAGCCGCCACCCCGAGGCUGAGAUGGCCCAGAACUCCGUGCGUCUCAACUAUGGCAUCCCGGCCAUUGUCAAGCUGCUCAACCAGCCCAACCAGUGGCCACUGGUUAAGGCAACCAUUGGCCUGAUCAGGAAUUUGGCCCUGUGCCCAGCCAACCAUGCCCCACUGCAGGAGGCAGCGGUCAUUCCCCGCCUUGUCCAACUGCUGGUGAAGGCCCACCAGGAUGCCCAGCGCCAUGUGGCUGCUGGCACACAGCAGCCCUACACGGAUGGCGUGAGGAUGGAGGAGAUUGUGGAAGGCUGCACUGGAGCCCUGCACAUCCUCGCCCGGGAUCCCAUGAACCGCAUGGAGAUCUUCCGACUCAACACCAUCCCCCUGUUUGUGCAGCUCCUCUACUCCUCCGUGGAGAACAUCCAGCGCGUGGCCGCCGGGGUGCUGUGCGAGCUGGCCCAGGACAAGGAGGCGGCGGACGCCAUCGAUGCGGAGGGCGCGUCGGCCCCACUCAUGGAGCUAUUGCACUCGCGCAAUGAGGGCACCGCCACCUACGCCGCUGCCGUCUUGUUCCGCAUCUCCGAGGACAAGAACCCAGAUUACCGCAAACGGGUGUCUGUGGAGCUCACUAACUCCCUCUUCAAGCACGACCCUGCCGCCUGGGAGGCUGCCCAGAGCAUGAUCCCCAUGAAUGAACCCUAUGCUGAUGACAUGGACGCCACCUACCGCCCCAUGUACUCGAGCGACGUGCCCAUGGACCCACUGGAGAUGCACAUGGACAUGGAUGGGGACUAUCCCAUUGACACCUACAGCGACGGCCUCAGGCCCCCCUACCCAACUGCAGACCACAUGCUGGCCUAGCUGCCCGGACCCUAGUAUGGCGCCCCCUCCCCCUGCUUUGCAGCUCUCUCUCCCCCUGUGGGCUGCUGAGACUUGGGCUUCCCUUCCCUUAGGACCUCCUUCUCACGGGAGGCCUCUCAGGCUUUCCCUGAAACCCUGGCUUCUUUAAGGGGGAGCAAGCAUGGGGCCUCUGGGUGCUGAGCUGCCCCAGGGAAGGCAUGCCUUGCCUGCCUUGUUCUAUUAUCUUUGCUCCGGGCACCGAGUUCCUGCCCCUUCUGUAGAUGGCGGGUGGGUGACACAGGAGUGGCACGAGCUUCCAAGGGCCAUGGACCUGGCCUAAUCCCUGUGUCUAUGUCUGCUCCCCCCCAACCCCCCCAGGUGCGGUUCCCCAUCUGAGAGGUUCUCCGUGCAGGUGAUGGGGCCAGAUAGCCAAGUGCCUGAACCUGGGCAGCAGGGCUGCAACUUCCUGCCGAGCCCCGUGCCUCCAGAGGUCCUCUGUGGGGUCUUUCUUGGGAUAGUGAUCUGCUCCUGCUUUUCUGUUCUGGGCUGUGGGUCCAGGGCCUGAUACCCCAUUCCCACCCCUGAGGCCCUGGCACUAAAACUUAAGACUCGAGGCACCCACCUUGUCCCCCCCCACCAAAGUUUCCCCCUCCUCCCAGGAUGCCCGUCUCCAGUGGCUUGGGCCCCACAGCUCUGGCUUCUGAUUUGGUCACUGAACUCCAACUGUGCUGAGCCCCCGGGAUCUCCAGGCCCCAGGUUCAAGGCCAAAAGGCCCAGAAUCCAAAGCUUGUCUUGGAAAGUUCAGGGAUCCUCUGGGAAGAUCGGGUGGAGACACGAAGAGAUUGUCCCCGCCCCAGGACACUCAGUUGGCUUCGGCCCCUCCUAGGGGAGCUUGGGGACAGCGCCCUGGAACCCUCCUCCCGCCAACACAACUACUCUAGCUGACCCCUGAGAAGUGCUCUUGGCUGACCCCUCUGGUGUGCGGUGAGGGGCUUUCUCUUCCUCUUCCUAUUUCAAACUCCCCACCACCACCUCCUGCACAUGGGUGUUGGGGGCUGAGGGAGGUCCCAGCAGAGUUUUAUUAUGAUUGCUUUAUGUUUUUGGUUAUUGGUUUUUUUUUGUAUAGACCAAAGCAAAGAAAAUAAAACUAACACACUGA